AUGGGUUGGCUUAGAAAGUGUUUAGACUUCGUCUUGCAAAUUACUCAACUUGCCUCAUUCACUGACUUUCCAGCUAGAGACGAUAUCCAGAGACCUCUAUUUCUACCAUCUGAGCUUUUGCCGGAGACUGUGGAAGGCAGCUGUCCAAGUGCCCAAUGUGUUUCACCACAACCUUUCAAGUGCAGUUACCCAAAGCUUGAGAAGAAGGGUUGGGAGUUCUGCAAUACGGGGACCUCCAGGGAUUGCUGGAUCCGAGACCCAAAUGCUGUGAAUCCCGUCUUCUCUCAGUACGAUAUCUUGACAGAUUACGAAAAUCUCGACCAAGUUCCGCCAGGUAUACUCAGAGAGUACUGGCUGGAAGUAACGACAAAUGAAACAGUCAAACCUGAUGGAAUACAGAAGAUUCUUGGUACCUACUUCAAUGGAUCAUAUCCAGGCCCCACGAUUGAGGCAUGUUGGGGGGACCAAUUAGUAAUUCAUGUCACCAACAAGGUUGCGGAUAAUGGAACUACUGUUCACUGGCACGGUAUUCGCCAACUGAACUCGAAUGAGAUGGAUGGAGUCAACGGGAUUACUCAGUGUCCCAUAUCCUACGAGGACCACUUCACUUACAACUUCACGGCAACACAAUACGGGCAUACCUAUGGUGUGGCUAGUCCGCUCAUCAUCCAUGGGCCAACCAGUGCAAAUUGGGAUAUAGACCUCGGACCGAUGCUCAUCUCGGACUGGAUCCACAAUACAUCGUACAUAGUAUAUGAGAACGAAAUGCGCGGAGUCCCUCCAGCGACCGAUAGCAUCGUUGUCAAUGGUAAGGGGCAUUUUCAGAAUGCGACCGAUGGAUCUUACUAUCAAGCAUGUUUCACGCCCGGCAAGAAACAUCUCCUCAAGCUCAUCAACGGGGCUGCAUCUACAAGUUUCAAGUUCUCCAUUGACGACCAUACCAUGACGGUGGUCGCGAAUGACUUGGUAGCUGUCGAGCCAUUCGAAGUUGAUUCCUUGUUCAUUGGAAUUGGACAAAGAUAUACGGUAAUUAUAGAGGCUAAAGCCGAGGCCAAUACCGACUACUGGAUACGAACAGUGCCCAAUUUCGUAGAUGGCGGAACAGAUAAUGCCACUGCCAUCGCGAGAUACAACAGUGCGAGCACGACAUGCCCAACCAGCAUAAUGGACCCGCGACGAAAUGCGUCUUGUGAGGAUGUCCAUACCGAUCUCCUGAAUCCUAAACUAGAGUGGCGAAUAGAUCGUCACCCACAAAACAAUGUUACAAAAGACACGUUCUUUGCACAGGUAGAAAAUACACCAAAUACGCUCCUCGGGCCCCCGGGUUUCCCAUACGUGCAUUGGACAUUGGCAGAGCACCCUCUUUGGAUUGAUUUCAGCAAGCCAACAAUUCUUGAUGUCCAAGGCGCUCUCGAUGAUCCUAACUACAUCGUUGUCGAAGAGGAAUAUGACCAUGGUUUCGUGUACCUUGUCCUUGAUAGCAGUCGGCUCGCCGUUGCACAUCCGAUUCACUUACACGGCAGCGAUUUCGUUAUAUUGGCACAAUCCAACCAAACGUGGAAUGAGACCACAAGCCCCAAGCAGUUCCGCUAUGACAACCCACCUCGCCGCGACGUCGCCAUGCUACCCGGCGGAGGAUUUCUGGCUAUUGCCUUCAAGCCAGAUAAUCCUGGCGCAUGGUUAUUACACUGCCACAUCGCAUGGCAUGCGAGCUCAGGUCUUGCCCUUCAAGUCUUGAUUCGCCCGAAGGAUAUGCCUCACUACCUUGGCGACCUAAAGGAAACCCACAGGGUUUGCGAGGAGUGGCGUUCGUAUAAUCUUUCACGGAAGAUCAUGGCGGAACAGGAGGACUCUGGUAUCUAG